GUUCCAGAGGGAAGGGCUCAGUCUGUGAGUGUGUGAGUGAGUGAAGGUACCAGAGACAAACAACGUGGGCUGUACCUAAAGGGGCUGGAGACCAACCCACCCCCAACCACCCCACUCCACCAUCCAUCCACACAGUUUAAACGAGAUGACCGCGGGAUUUAAGUGAUCUGGAGCGGAUUUCGCCAAUGGAUCUGCUGGGGAUUGCAGGAUGUGUCCUCCUCCUGACCUAGCACAACCGGUUUUGUCCCCUGAGAGUAGGGGUAAUGUAUUUAUCAAUGCAUGCAGUUACCAAGGGGGAGGGGGGGAAGGAAAGCAGAGAAGCAUAAAAAGUGGAGAUAGGUAGAGAGAGACAGAGUCAGAGAGAGAGAGACAGAGAGAGAGACAGAGAGGGAGAGACACACACACAGAGACAGUCAGAGACAGAGAGAGACACACAGAGACAGAGAGAGAGGGAGACAGAGAGAGACAGACAGAGACAGAGAGAGGCACACAGAGACAGUCAGAGACAGAGAGAAGGGAAUCAGAGAGACAUACAGAGAGAGAGAGACAGAGACACAGACAGAGAGGGAGACAGAGAGAGACAGACAGAGACAGUCAGAGAGAGAGACAGAGACAGAGAGACACAGACAGAGAGAGAGACAGACGGAGAGAGAGGGAGACAGAGAGGGAGACAGAGAGAGAGUGUUUGUUCGGGGCUGCAAUCCAACUCUUCAGAGAGAGAGGGGAAGAGGAGCGGGAUGACACUUUGGGAACUGGAUCCAGAGCCAUGAGGAGAAGGGGAGGUGAAGGCCACCCCGCCUUUGGCCCGGGGCCGUGCGCGCUUGCCCGUCUCUUGCCCUGCGAGCUGUGAGACACGGAGAUGGGGGCGGUCAACGCCAGCGCCUUCAAUGCCUCCCAGUGGCCGGAGGCCGGAGGAGGGGCUGGCCAGUACUCGGCAGGGGCUGUGGCCGGCUUGUCGGCUCUGGUGGGCUUCCUGAUCCUGUUCACGAUCGCGGGCAACACGCUGGUGGUGAUCGCGGUGUUGACGAGCCGGGCUCUCAGGGCACCCCAGAACCUGUUCCUGGUGUCGCUGGCCAGCGCGGACAUCCUGGUGGCCGCGUUGGUAAUGCCCUUCUCGCUGGCCAACGAGCUGAUGGGCUACUGGUACUUCGGGUCGGUCUGGUGCGAUAUUUACCUGGCUCUGGACGUCUUGUUCUGCACCUCGUCCAUCGUACACCUGUGUGCCAUCAGCCUGGACCGGUACUGGUCCAUAGUCAAGGCGGUAGAGUACAACCUCAAGAGGACGCCUGGCAGGAUCAAGGCGGCCAUCGUCACCGUCUGGCUCAUCUCGGCCAUCAUCUCCUUCCCUCCCCUGAUCUCCACCUCCCGGCCAGUGGAGGACCAGCUCCGACCCUCCUGCCGCAUCAACGACGACACCUGGUACAUCCUGCUGUCGUGCGGCGCGUCUUUCUUCGCCCCCUGCCUCAUCAUGCUCCUGGUCUACCUCCGCAUCUACCGAGUGGCCAAGCACCGGACCCGGAGCCUGUCGGUGAAGAGAAACGGCCCGGAUGGCUCCUCGCAGACCGAGGAGGUCCCCAGCCGGGCCGCCUCCCUCAAGCAGCAAGGGGACGGAGGGAGUGCCGCCACCGGCAGCAGCGGCGGGGCUGCAGCGGGAGAGCGCCAGAACGGCCACUACUGCUCGGCCGCCGAGCCCGAGGACAGCUCCGCUUCCAAGACCCCCCCUUCCAGGAAGGAGGCUUCCAAGAAAGACUCGGGCCUGAGCCGCCAGCGCCUGUCCCGCUCCAGCAGCCGCUCCUUCGAUGUCUUCUCCACCCGGCGGACGCGGCGAGGCAGCCGGAUGUCCAGGAGCAAGGCCUCCCAGGCCAGAGAGAAACGCUUCACCUUCGUGCUGGCCGUGGUCAUGGGGGUCUUCGUGCUGUGCUGGCUCCCGUUCUUCUUCAGCUACAGCCUGUACGGUAUCUGCCGGGAGCUGUGCGAGAUCCCAGAGACCCUCUUCAAGUUCUUUUUCUGGAUUGGUUACUGCAACAGCUCCCUCAACCCUGUCAUCUACACCAUCUUCAACCAGGACUUCAGGAGAGCUUUCCACAAAGUCCUCUUCAAACCCAAGAAAAGGACAUUCUAGUUCAGCCUCUCUCCUCAUCCCCCUCUCCCCCAUUCUUCAAACUGCUGUCCCCAGUCUCUGGGUCUGAACAUGUAUGUAAUCUAUAUGCUGUUAUGUGUGGAUGUCGGAAAAUGCAUGUGUCAUA